AUGAAAACGAGACUUGGUUGCCUGUCGAACAAAUCAGACUCAUGCAGUGACUUUUCAGAAUUUUUACCACCAGAAAGAUCUACGCGAUACCUGAAGUUAGCUACAGAUGAAGUGACCAAAUGGGCAGAUUCAUUUGAUAUUCUCCUGUCAAACAAGUAUGGUUUGGCAGCGUUCCGAGCAUUCCUUAAAACAGAGUUCAGUGAUGAGAACAUUGAAUUCUGGUUAGCUUGUGAAGACUACAAAAAGAGCAAAUCACCUGCAAAGUUGUUGUCAAAGGCCAGCAAGAUCUACAAGGAAUUUAUUGAAGUUCAAGCACCAAGAGAAGUUAACAUAGACUUCAAGACCAGGGAGGAGACCAGACAGAAACUUCUGGAACCAACAUCCUCCAGUCUCAGUGAGAUCCAAACCAAGGUCUACAGCCUCAUGGAGAAAGACUCCUACCCUAGGUUUCUUCGAUCAAAAAUCUAUCAAGAGAUCAUGAACAGGGCACAGAUGCACUGUCAGAGGAAGUCAGUUUAA